ACACAUCGAAAGCAAAAGCGUUCUGCAGAGGCCAUCCGCCAUUGAUCUGAAGCAUCAAUGAUAACCCCUUUAUACAGAACAAUGAUUGAAUCAUCUGGCAAUGUUAAAUGCAGGAAGAUGUCCACCAACUCCAUAAACACACAACAGACUCCCACAAUAUAUUCAGCUAUCUCCCGAUGUCCUUCUCUAACCUUAUUCGCUGCACAAAAUCCAUUGUCAGAGGCAGAGCAGUCCAUGCGAAGCUCAUCACAUCUGGAUUCCACUCAGACAUUUAUACAAACAAUCAUGUGCUCAAUAUGUACUUAAAAUUCGACUGCAUGGACGACGCUCGUAAACUGCUUGAUCAAAUGCCUGAACGAAACACGAUUUCAUGGACCACUCUGAUAUCUUCGUAUUCGCAAUUGGGUCUACCAGAAGACGCGUUAGAUUGUUUCAGAAAAAUGGUAGAGGAUGGUGUUGACCCAAAUCAUUACACGUAUGUGGGUGCUAUAACGGCUUGCGCUAGCUUAGGUGUUGCAAGAACUGGGAAAGAAAUUCAUGGAAAGAUUUAUAGGACUGCGGAGGAUGUAAAUAGUUUUGUUAGUAACUGUUUGGUGAACUUUUAUGGGAAAUGUGGGUUGUUGAAAUCGGCUCGUUUUGUGUUUGAUGCAAUUUUGGAGCCCAAUUUGGUUUCUUGGACUUCGCUUCUUUCAUGUUAUUCCCAGUGUGGAGAAAAUGUGGAGGGACUGAGGAUUUUCUUGCAGUCUUUGAGAGCGGGACUGAAAGGAAACGAGUUUUCCUGCGCGAGUAUAUUGGGCACUUGUGCCGCAUUGGGAAAUCUGGAAGUUGGGAUGCAAGUGCAUUGUCAUGCUAUCAAAUGUGGAAUUAGACUUGACCAAUUUGUUGUGACUGGAUUGAUUGACUUUUAUGUCAAGUGUGGUAAAAUAGAUUUAGCAUAUGAUGCUUUUUUAGAGGUGGACAAUCCGCAUGUAUCGGCUUGGACUGCGGUGAUAGGAGGGUGUGUUCAACAAGGGAAGGAUAGAGAGGCGACUGAUCUUUUCUGUAAAAUACACUCUUCGGGUAUCAAACCAAGUGAGAGAACAUUCUCAUCUGUCCUGGGAGCCUUUUCUGGUAUAAUGGAAACUGAAGCUGGGAAACAACUCCACUCUUUGAUUCUAAAAUAUGGAUUUCAUUCAUUUACAUUUGUUGGCAAUGCAGUACUGGAUUUUUACUCAAAAAGUGGGCUUCUCGAUGAAUCUUUGAGAACAUUUGAAGAAAUGGAUGAACAAGAUGUUGUUAGUUGGAAUGCACUGAUAUCUGGACGUGUAACUGCAGGUAAUUAUCAGGAGGCCAUUGAAAUUCUUCGUAGGAUGUUGUUUGAAGGGUUUGAUCCUAAUAUUUACACAUACUCCAUCAUUUUAAGCAUAUGUGGGGAUCGUCCGGCUAUUGAAUGGGGCAAGCAAACCCAUUGCUGCAUUAUGAAACCUGGGUUUGUCUCCAAUAUGGUCGUUGGAAGUGCACUCAUUGACAUGUAUGCUAAGUGUGGACGGUUGGGUGAUGCUCGAAUAGUUUUUGAUACUCUGCCAUCAAAGAACAUUGUUGCUUGGAAUACCAUGCUUGUGGGAUAUGCUCAACAUGGAUAUGGGAAAGAGGCUUUAGAUAUCUAUGAUUUGAUGCAAAAAAAUGGCAUGCAACCUAAUGAUAUUACAUUUGUGGGAGUAUUGUCUGCGUGUGGGCAUGUGGGACUCUUAGAGGAGGGACUAAGCCACUUCAGUUCCAUGACUAAGGACUAUGGAAUUGCCCCAGGGACUGACCACUUAGCUUGUAUGGUCAGUCUCUUUGCCCGUAAAGGACAAAUGAAACUAGCUUAUGAUUUCAUAAGGAGUUUUCCUGUGAAACCGGAUAAGGUGGUUUGGCGUUGUCUUUUGUCAAGUUGCAAAACUCACAAAAACUUGGCUCUAGGAAAAUAUGCUGCUGAAAAGAUUUUGAGUAUUGAUCCAGAUGAUACCUCAGCCCAUAUCAUGCUAUCAAAUAUGUAUGCACAGUCAAAGAUGUGGAAUGAAUUAGCACAAGUCAGAAAACUAAUGAAGGGGAAGGAAUUGAAAAAGGAUACCGGUUAUAGUUGGACUGAAUUGAAGAAUGAGAUAUAUUAUUUUUCUGCUGGUCAUAGUGUGCAUUUUCAGGAAAAAAGUUUGCUCGAAGUUUUGGGUGGGUUAACGGCUCAAUUGUUUGAUGCAGGAUAUGUACCUGAUGCCAUAUUCUGCUCACUUUAUUUGGAAUAAAUUUGCCUAAUAAUAUUUUUUGCGAUAAACCUCGCACUUUAAUUGAAUUGUUCUUUAUUUGAUAUAAGCCAAGUCAUCCACAUAUGAGCACAGAAGGAAUUCGCAUGCGGCUGACAAUCUUUAAAUCUAUGGUCACAUCACCUUACAAAGAUUUGUGAAUUUAGUGAGACCAGGGGAGAAUUGGGAACCUGCUAGUGUGGGGGAAUCCGUAGGGGACAGGCUAGCAAACUCUAGGGCUUGUACCCUUAAGUUCUGAGGGUAAUCUGCAACACAUCCAAUUCUUGGGCCAGCUCCUGUUGACCAUUUCAAUGAAAGUUGGUGCCCUAAUUGGUUUGAGCUUGAUAUCUUCUUGGAAUUGAUUCUCUGCAGUAUUUCAUUUGUAGGAUCUCUCUUCCUCGGGCUCUGGAGAUUACUAGAUAAUGCCCUUCUGUAACUACCUUUUCUUUCAGUCUUAGCAAGUUUAAUUGGUUCGGAGUAUUGCAUUUUCUCAAUUCCACUAGAAAGUUGAAGCUCGGUAUGUUCAGAAUUAGUUGAGAAUCCAAUCUUAUUACCUUCUUGAUCAUGUCUGCUGAUAUAGGUCUGAGAAUCAUCAGCAUGGGAAAUUACCUGACAAAAAGAAAGAGAACUCAGAUAAUGUUUCUCAUUGAGGUAUGCUAUCAAACAAAUAUCAAAUAUGCUGCAUCUAGAUUCUGGAUUAUGACUAAAUUUGAGCAGCGACAUGAAAUAAUUUGAGGUCAUUCACAGCCUCAAGUACCCGGAGAUCAAGAACAGGUUCUUCUGUGGCCCGAAUGUAAUUUAAUUGCAUAUGUUUUGACAUGAAAAUGGCAUGUUGAGGUGCACAUUUUUUAGAGUGUAACGAGUUGUUUUUUAGAGUGUAACAAUUGAGUUGUAUACCUCAACUUCUUCAAGAUGUACUCCAUUGUCCUUGAGGAAAUCUAAGAAGCUCCCGAGGUUCUUGUCAGUGGGACGAUAAUGUCCGCUAGAUGCUGAUACUGACUGAAAUGGAGUUACACAUUCAAAGUUCAGUUGCUAAUUUUGAAGCAUCUUCAUCCAAUUAUAUUUUAUAAUUACCUUGACAUGCCAUGUCCACCAUAUGCAGACACAUACUGGUCAGAUGUUGUGGG